AUGCCUCCAGCUGUCAAAGGUCUACCAUUUACCAGUUUAACUAGCUCGGCUUUAGGCGUUACUUGUCUCCGUGCCGCUUCUCUGCCUGUCGCUGACACCGUGUUUGUAAAUGGAGUGAUCCAUACCAUGGACAAACAAUCCACUACUUUUACUGCAGGAUCUUUGACUAUUACAAAUGGUACAAUCACAUGUGUUGUUCAAGAGUCGGACUGCAAGGCUGUUGUUGGAAGCAUUACCAAGGUGGUGGACUUUAAUGGCAAAGCGAUGAUUCCCGCAAUGCUUGGAUGUACGCUACGUUACAAACAACUCACACAAGAUGCUCUUCACCAGACCAUCCAGGCCUGUCUUGAUUCGCAGCCUAGGCAGACUGGUUCUUUGACUGUCACUGAUUUUGAUCGCGAAGGAUUCACUACUAUCAACGGGCCGGGAAAUAAAGCUAUGCUCGACAAACUCAACACUACUCGACCGAUUGCUAUUAUCGCUUCUGAUCAGCACAACAUCUUCGUCAACUCCAGGGCUCUCCAAAUCAUCAACAUUACACGCAGCACGCCCAACCCUCCCGGAGGCGGAAUCGAGCGCAACUCAAACGGUGAUCUAACCGGCUUUCUCGAGGAAAAUGCCGUUCUCCGUCAAAAGGGCAUCACUAGUUUCUUGGACGCGUCUCAGACCCCGCACACAGCCUGGUCUAGUCUCAAGUCGACUAACGAACUGACCGCUCGGGUUUUCAACAACUUUGGGGUUUUCGGAAACACUGAUUUUCCGGCAAUCGUUUCCCAGGCGCUGGCAAGCAAGAAGCAACUGGAUGAAGGCGAUCUGGUGGCCACUCCGGGCCAACAGUGGCGUAACAUCAAAUUCUUCAUUGAUGGUAUUCUGCCCUCCGUCUCCGAGUCUAGCUGGCUCCUCAAUCCCUACCUAAUCAAAGACUCCCACGGCAAAUGGGUUCCAGGCAACAACGUUGGGCUUCCCAACGCAAACGAGACACAGCUCCAGAAGCUCCUCACACUUACUCUGAACGCGCGCAUGGGUCUUCACGUUCACGCCAGCGGUGACCGGGCUGUCCGAACCAUGCUUGACAUUGCCACCUCGAUGAACAGAACCUUCGCGCCUUCAGACAUUGGCAUCGCUCAUGCUGAGCUUGUCACUGCAGAGGACAGAGCACGCUUUGCAGAGCUCGGCAUACCCGUCAUUGCAUCCUACCAAUGGGCGCAGAAAGCAACCUACUGGGCCGGAGACAAUACACUGACUCUUGGAGCUGACCGUAUGAACGUUGCUCAAUCAUCCGGUCUUCUCAACAACGCCGGAGCCCUUGUCGCAUACGGUUCCGACUGGCCCGUUGACCCGCUUGACUCCUUCCUCGCCCUCGCCAUCGGUGUGACUCGCGCAGGUGACCCCCAGAACAAGAACUCCCACGCUAGCUUUGGUCCUCAAUUUGUCGGUCGUCUUGACGAGCAGCCUGCUCUUUCACGUGAGGCAGCACUCCGAGGAAUGACUACCGUGGCAGCCACAUAUCUCAACAGUUCAUCCAGCAUUGGUUCGCUCGAGCAAGGCAAAUUUGCCGCCCUUCUCAUUCUCGACAAAGACUGUUUUGACAAGGCUGCUGUGACAGAUGAAAAUCUCUCCAAGAACAAGGUCCUCAUGACUAUGGUUGGUGGUCGUGCUGUUUUCACUGAUGACUCUGCGACUUUCCUUCCCACCGAGUGGCAGGCCGAGUCCAAAAAGCUAGAUAUUAACCCUGUCAUUCAGCGCAUGAAGCCUAGCAACAUUCUUAGUCGCGCUACCACCGGUCGUGCUUGCGGUUCUCAUGCGGGACACUCGCACUAG